AUGUUGGCGCUUUACGAGGCGCAGCGGCGCGCUCACGAGACUGUACUAGCGCUACAGACGCAGAUCGAGGAGGAGGAAGCUGUUUACCUCGAAGAGACCCCGCACGGCAACAUUAUCCGCGGCUGGGAUGGCUUCAUCGACUCCAAGCAGCCGCGCAAGGACGCCAAUCCCAAGAAGAUCAAGCCUUACGCGGAGACGGAGUAUCUCUUUUCCAACUGCUGCUUCUAUACCAGCAUGGCAGGUGAACCCAGCUUUGAUCAGGUAGACAUCUACAACACGAUCAAGGAGGAGGGCACGGGACGACGCAAGCUCACAGUCACGUUGUCAGUGGGCAAGGGAGCCGACAGCAUUAGCGGGGUAGUCGACAGCUCUGCUGCCUUCAAUAGUCAUACAUCAUACAAAGGAGGCAAAGGGCAGAAGACUGUAAAGACAACUACCCAUCCUGCAACUGGGAAGGGUGCAGCAGACGCCAGUUACCAGGCUUCCAAGCUAAAGAAGAGGAAGAGAGAGGUGGAGGCCGCGAUGGUGAAGCCACACGAGACUUUGUCCACCGACAUACAGGCUGCUACUUUAGCAAUGACUGCAACUGCAGCAGUGCCACCGCCUGCUAUUAAUAGCGACUUUCUCGAUGUGCUCUAA